CGGUCUCGCUACCAAGCCUCUUGUUUUCUCUUCUUCUUUUUGCUAUUUGUCCGGCGAAACCUUGUCUCUCUUUUGUUAUAUGUUGAGUGAGGGGAAGCAAGGCUGUCGAAAUUCAAGGUUUUUUACCCUACCUAUUCUUCUCUAGUCAUUCCCGCCUACGGUGCUUUUUGGUGCCGACACCGGCUUUCACAAUGAAGGCAAUUCUCCAACGUGUGCUCUCUGCGUCUGUGACGGUGGAAAAGGAGCUGGUGUCGUCGAUUGGCCGAGGCGUGCUGGUGUUUGCGGCGGUUGCGCCUGGUGACACGGAAAAGGAGGCCGAUUCACUCGCCAACAAGGUGGUCAAGAUGAAACUUUGGGAUGACGAGGAAGGAGGACGAUGGAAAAGGAGUGUAACAGACAUUGAGGGCGAGGUUCUAUGCGUAUCUCAGUUUACCCUGCUGGCAAAGACGAAAAAGGGCACCAAACCAGAUUUCCAUGGCGCGGCAAAUCCCGAAGAAGCCAGUCGGCUGUAUCACUACUUUGUGCAGAAGGUCAAGGAUCUUUACCAGGUGGACCGAGUCAAGGAUGGGAAAUUCCAAGCCAUGAUGGAGGUUGCUCUUGUUAAUGAUGGACCGGUUACGUUGGAGCUCCAAGCCGGGGCCCCAGUGUCUGAGAGAUAGCGUGGAACGAAUGAUGGCGACAUGAUGCAUACGAUGAAUGUGAUAGAAUUCAAUACAGUAUAGUAUAUAGAUAGAUGGGUAGA